CGUCGUUCUAUAGACCACAGACAAUUUUUGGUCUGGCAAAAUCUGAUUUUUGUUUGUAGGUUAUGUUUUAUUGGUCAUUUGUCAAAAUUUAUGUUGAAUAUUUUCGUGGAAUUCGUUCUGAUAAUGGGGUGGACAUGAACUUGUUGAUUACGUCGCCUUGUGAGUGAAUUUAAGUGAACUCGACUUUCCCUUUGCGUAUUUUGUUUUGUUGGUCCAUUAUGGCUGUGUAAUCUCGAGUGCUUCUUGACAUUGAAUGGAGAUGUGAACACGAAAGUCGAUACGCACUUUUCCUACGACAACCUUUUAUGUGAAGUUUUCUCACAGAAGUAAACUAGGCGGCCAAAGGCGUCGUAAUUCUUCGUAUACAGUGAUAGCCAAACACAGCCGAGAUGACGAUGAGUCAGGUGUCCGUGAUUAAACUAUACAAUACCGUGGUGGACGAUGUGAUAGCGGGCGUCCGGGACUGCUUUUUGGAUGACGGUGUUGAUGAGCAAGUACUGCAGGAGCUCAAACAGCUAUGGAAAACCAAAUUGCAGGCGAGCGGAGCCAUGGACCCGCCGCAGUCAGAGCCGACGAUGCCACCGCCUCCCGUCCUACAAAACUUCCAAAAGACCAACGGUAGUAAUGUUAUACCCAAAAGGACUGACGCUCACAUGGCGCAACAAAGCUCUAGCCAGAAUUCUGGGGUGGAGCACGGUGCUCCUACAAAUAUUGCAGGAACACAUCCACAUGUGCUGGAUCCCAAUAAUAAAGUGCCAGUGCAGUUAACAUUGCCUGCCCAGCCUGGAGUGCCCGGCUCACAGCCUCGAUCCUUCACUAUACAGAUUCCGGCAUCAGCACUUAAUGGCAACAAACUCCAUCAAGUUCUAACUGGGCCUAUAAUAAAUGCAACAAUAUCACUUCCACAACCGUUAGCUGCAACCCUUCUUCAACAACAUAUUAAUUCUGCAUUAGCUGGACAACAGAAUGAAUUUGAUGGUGGUGGGGGUGGCCGAAGUGGAGCUGCUCCAUUUUCUUUAGACGGAGCAUUGGACUCAUCCGAUGAUGAAGGCUCAAAUGUAGGGGAUGGUUCCGAGGAUGGUGCAGGAGAUGAUGAUGAGGAUGAUGACUCUCCGGAUGAAAGGGCGGAAGAAGAGGAGGAAGAAAGAGAUGACAGUGGAGGUGCGGAGGAGGAGCCUUUGAACUCUGGUGAUGAUGUUUCCGAUGAGGAGCCCGGUGAUAUGUUUGACACUGACAAUGUGGUGGUUUGUCAAUAUGAUAAGAUUACACGCAGUCGUAACAAGUGGAAGUUCUACUUAAAAGACGGCAUCAUGAAUCUAGGUGGCAAAGAUUAUGUCUUUCAAAAGGCCAAUGGUGAUGCAGAGUGGUGAAUGGUCUCCAGAUAUCAAUAGAUGAGCUGUGUGUAUUUUUAUAGAUGGUGUAACUUGUUAUGUCUGCUGACUGUAAAAGUAUAGAUAAUGAAACAUACAUGCAGGAGAUGUUUGUGAAAUAUUAUAUCUCAGGUGUAAAAUGUGAUCAUCAUUGACUUUAACCUGCGGUAAAUAAACUGGCAAUGUGGCAGUCAAAUAUUUGUUUUUAGUGUACAAUUCACAUGUAAUUAUUAUUUUACUUCUUAAUGGUAACACAUGAGCUAUCCACAACUAUUCCAAGGUUUAUGAUAAGAAAUAGCUCAGCUAUAAAUGUUUUAUGAUAAUGUUGUUGUUUUCAAUGUCUUAUAAUUUAUUAAGGUUAGACAUUUAGGUUUAAAUCAACUUAUUUAAUUAAUAAUCAAUGAACCUUGCUAUAAGGUUUUUGUUGCUCAGGUUAAAGUCAGCGGUGUUUUGUUUUGCUCAUGGAAAUUAUUAGCUGAUACCAAAAUGAAGGUGAUGAUUCAAUGACAAUGGCAAAUAUCAUUGAUUUAUGAGCUUCUGAUGUUAGGUAUACUGUAACAAAUCUGAGAAGUAUGUGUGCAUGAUAUGAUGUCAUAUUGCUAUUUUAGCUUCACUAAACCGGUAAUAUGCUUUAUUAAUUUAAAUAUUGAUGAGCUAACGAAACUCUGUGCCAUACAAUUCUGCAGUAGUCCUAAUAAAAUAUUUAACAAUUUUGAAGUCUACCCAUGUAAGUUAAUCAAUUAUUAAAAUAGUAAGCUCUUACAAAAACAUAUUUAAAGCAAACUUUAGUUUGAAGGUACAUAAAUUGCUCCAUGUCUGUGUAUAACAUAAUUACUGUUUAUGAAACUGUAUUCAUUGUAGAAUUUAGUGAAGCUAAAUAGUAAGGUAACCCCGAGAUGAGGUGAUAUUUGUGAGUCCAAAUUAUAUUACACAUACCUAAUAGUGGACAGGAUGGUCUCGCCAAGUUUUCCAUUUCAAUAUUACAUUGUUUUGUCUAAGAAAUGAUUUCAUAAAAUAUGUAGGCAAUAAUUUGUACCUAGUUAUUUCAUAGUAAAUGUCUUUUAAAUUAAUGUUUCAAAUGUGGUUUUCCGUUCACCCAUUUUGUUGAAAUUGAAAGCUGCAGUGUAUUUAAAUAUAAGAAGAAUAUUGUUUAAGACAGUCUAGAAGAUUUUUAAUUUUGUGCAACUACUUUCACAUAUUGAACACUUUUUUCAAAUUAACUUUUUAUCAGCAGGAUUGUCCUAUGUUACCAAGAACAAAUGAUUAUCAAAUAUGAAAUAUCCAUAAGUCUGCUGUAUAAAAUACAUUAUUGUGCACAAACAGAUUUUGGGGGAAUCUUUGUUACUGAUUUGUUUAAUAUUGUGAUAUAAAUUUUAGUAAUUAUUAAUUAUUUUAAACUGGAGUGAAUCAAUGCCAACUAAAUCUAAUUAGUAAGAUUUACCUAGUUUAAUGUGAACUGGCUAGCUUGUCUCUGGUGAACAGUACAGCAAGUUUAACUUCUUAGUUACUUCUCAAUUAUAUAAGUUACUUAUGGUUUGUUUUAAUCCCUUAAUGAUGGAAAAGUUUGACGAAAAUUGUAAUUAUAAUAAAAAUAUGUUGCAUUA